CCCCAUAUAAGAAGAGCAGAGAAAGCCUUCGUUGUUAUCGCAUCCAAAUACACAAUCCAUCCUCCACCUAUCCUUCCUACAGUCUUUGCCUGUUGCAUCCACCAUGACCACAGAACAACAGAAUAUCCCCAGAGCUGUUCUCUAUUCUUGGCCCUCCUCAGUCUGGUCCACAGUCCCCAGGCUCUGCCUUUAUGAAAAGGGUUACUCCGAAGACGAAUAUAUUGUCAAAUAUGUCGACAUCACCAAGGGCGAGAAUUUUAGCCCAUCCUAUCUGAAAAUCAACAUAAAUGGUACGGUCCCGACUUUGAUCGUUCCUACUUUAGAGACUAUAGGUGCUGGCGUGAACACCAGAUACCGCUCAUUAAGAGAUACCGUUAGCAUUUGUGAUUUCCUUGACCAAGCACGUAGUUCCCAUACUGCGAACACAUCAUCAGAUAAGCCUGCACCCACAUUGACCCCAGCUACUAUCGAUGGCAAGGCAUUAUCUGACUCAGUGAUCGAGCUUGUCCAUCGUCCGAUUGUGGAUCCCAACUUCAUAGCUUUGUCGGCAUUGAAUAAUGAAGAACUUAAACGCAAGUUACGGUCUGGUCCAGGGAAGUCUCUCGCAAUUAGACGGGAGGCUCUUCAGAGCUAUCUUGCUGAGGCUCAAAAAAUUGCUUCAGAAUCUUCUGUAGCCUCGAAAGAAGGCUCAUUCACCUUCGAGCAAAAGAUUGUCCAAUUUUUGGAAGAUAAACUGAGAUCCAGCGAAGAUGUGUGGCAGCUCUAUCACGGGCAAGCUGGAGAGGAGAAGCUGAGACAGUUUUUUGAUAUCUCUCUCAAAACUUGGACGGAGCGUUUGCCGGAGGUAUUUGGCAAGCUGGAGGAGAUGAUUGAAGAGCCUUACUUCUUGGGAGAUCAAAUUUCCCUAGCAGAUCUACAUGUCAUUACAUGGCUUACCCGCCUUGUGUCCAUUGCUGAUGGAUCCCCUACCAAAGACGGCCUUAGCGCUCUCGAAGCCAAAAUGGAUAAGCCUCUGGGUGAUAAGCUCCGAAAUUUUUGGGCCUUAUGGACUGAGAGAGAAAGCUUUCAGGAAGUGCUGAUUCCCACUUGCUCAGCCUUCCAACAAAUGAAAUGAUCGGCAGACUAGUGUAUUUGAAUAUGAAAGAAACUGUAAAGUUCAAGGUUUGUUAAGGGAACAAUGGAAGAUACUGGCUAGCCAUGUGACGUAUAUGAUGCUAUAGACAGGAUCCAAUGUACUUAUCAUUCGUG